AUGACCAGCAGACGACCUGUCACUCCCAGUUUCCAGCACCAGCCAAAUAGUCCACUUCGCAGUCCCCUUUCCCAGAGUCUGGAGGAUCCACAAAAUCAGCUGGCUCUCCUGGAUACAGUGAAGGAAAUUGCGCCAGCUAAGGACGUGGACUCGGAUGCAGACGGGCCGUGCAUGCAGAAUAAACUGCAGCAUGAAUUCAGUUACUACAGCACUGACGGUGCGUUCGUGGACAGCUUCUCUUGCCCCAAACCUGGAAGCUCCGCCGCCGCUGUCUUCUGCUGCGGCUUCAAUGAUGUUAAAUACUGCUGCGAUGAUCCCAACAGUUUCUUCCCUUAUGAGUACGGAUACAUGUGGUGGCUGAGUAUCGGAGCUCUGGUUGGUCUGUCCAUUGCAGCGGUGGUCCUCCUUGCCUUUCUCAUUACCGUGUGUGUCCUCUGCUACCUCUUCAUCGCCUCUAAACCCAGUCGUCUUGACAACGGCCUACCCCUCAGAGUUCCAGGAGAUGCCAGUGAAGGAUCCAGCCAUGCGCAAGCGACCCGUGCCUCUGGUCCGCAGGGAUUCAGGAAACACUUCAGCAGGAAGCUGGACUGUGACAACCAGCCGCCAGACCCUGAGCGCCUGUUUCAGAGAUGCUUCACAGCCACCGUCACCAGUGUGAAGGUGGAAAGUCCAUCGUAGGUUCAGCGAGAGUCACUUGUUUUAAAAUAAUGGGACCAACAGUCCCAAGCUCAAGAGAGACAGUUAAUGUGGAGGCACAUUGUUCAACCGACAGUGAAUCUGGGGAGUUGUGGUGCUUGAGUGGUGAAAAUAUUCUGUCUAUAAAAAUAACCACUACUGAAUCCUGAGAACAACAUAAUCACACACUAUGAAGGCUCUGACCACUCAUGCCUUGGGGUCAUUACUUUCACGCACUGAAUUUCUAUCCUUCUCGUGGCCAAGGUGUUUUAGCACUGUGCAGCAGCAGCACUUGUUAGCUUAUAAACAGAAGAUAAUCAUCUUGCA